AUGAGAACCUUAAGAAGCUUCGAUGGCUUCCCUUUAAAUUUGAGCAACUUCUAUGGUGGCUGCGCUAUUCUUCUUCUUCUUGUUGUUGUUGUUACUUUAUUGUUUCUUCUGAACCGUAAGAGCAGAUCCCUGUUGGCGUCCUCUUUGAUCUCCGAUUCUAGCAAUUUAAACCCAAGGGUUUACAAUUGCAGAACCUCAAACACUGUCACUGAUGCUGAUUUGAAGUUUUUAAUGGAUGAAAUUCUAAAUCAGAACCAUAAAUGGGAGGAUGUCAUAGAUAAAACAAAUCAUCAUCUAUGCUACAAAGCUAAAUCCACCAAACCUAAGAAUGGUCCCCUGAAAUAUUGGAGUAUGACUGUGUUCAAUGAUAUUUCCGCCGAGAUGCUAAGAAACUUCUACAUGGACAAUCACUACAGAAAGCAAUGGGAUAACACUGUGGUCGAACACAAUCAGCUGCAGCUGGAUGAAUCUGAUGGUUCUGAAGUUGGUCGUACAGAAGGCGGAGAUGAGAACAUUGAGGCAGAAGAGGCUGUGAUUGGAUUUUGGAGUGGAUUUGCUUGGUUGGCUGGAAUGACCGUGUUCACUGCGUUGUUGUCUGAAUACGUGGUCGAUACAAUUGAGGAUGCAUCAGAUUCAUGGGGUUUAUCAGUGAGCUUCCUCAGCAUAAUCUUGCUUCCAGUAGUUGGCAAUGCAGCUGAACAUGCUGGAGCAAUCAUUUUUGCUUUCAAGAACAAGCUUGACAUUUCCUUAGGUGUUGCAUUGGGCUCUGCUACUCAAAUUGCCAUGUUUGUGGUUCCCCUCUGUGUUACUGUUGCUUGUGGAAUGGGAGUGAAUAUGGACCUAAACUUCAACCUCAUUGAGACAGGUUCUCUUGCUGUGGCAAUUAUAGUCACAAGCUUCACUUUACAGAAAAAAUUACAAGCUGCAAUUAAGGAUUCUGUGUCUGAAAAUGAGGCAUUUCAGAAAGUAUUUGGAAAAGAAAAGCAUGGAUAUGUUCGUAGUAUGGGACUUGGAGUUACACCAUCUCAAAUUAAUAGAUCUACGAGAUCGACAUCUUCUUCUGCAGAAAGUGAACAAAUAAAGGAAAUGCAAGAAGAAAUUAAUGCACUUAAAGAAAAGAAUUCAAAAAUUGAUGAAUUAACACAGGCAAUCAUAUUCUUAACGCAAAGGGACAAGGCGAGGACAAAGGAAAAUGAACUCUUAAUGCAAAUGCAGAAUUUUAGUGGAAGACAGGGAUUGGAAUCACCCGCUGAUGGUAGACGUUCAUCUGAGUCUAGCUACCAUAUUGGAGAUAAUGGAACUUCAGGGGGGACAAAUUAG